AACUUUUCUAAGCGCGACAACAAGCUAUCGUCGUAUUUCUACCUAAAACCUCAUUGACCUACGCCUAAGCCUCAUUUACGCCAUGGAUGAUCUUUAUGAUGAGUUCGGAAAUUUCAUCGGGGAGGAUGCCGAAGCAUCUGAGGAAGAAUCCCAGCAUGGCGUUGACGCGGGCGCGUAUCUCGAUGACGAAUAUCCCGAGGAGGCGCCCGAAGUUACAGGGCAGGAAUUAAUGGAAGUAGACAAUGAAGGGCCCUCAAACGCGGUGGUAUUACACGAAGACAAGCAAUAUUACCCGACGGCGCAACAAGUAUACGGAGCAGACGUCGAGACGUUAGUGCAAGAGGAAGAUGCACAACCGCUCUCACAACCGAUCGUCGCACCGGUUGAGGUGAAGAAGUUUUCUAUCGAAGAGGUCAACCUUCCUCCCGUCCACUUCGACCGUAAUUUCAUGACCGAUCUCAUGAACUUCCCCGAUCAAAUACGGAAUGUAGCUCUAGCUGGAGAUUUACAUCAUGGCAAGACCGCGUUUAUGGAUAUGUUAGUCCUCGAGACGCAUGAUAUAUCUGACAGGCUAGAGAAGCGAACGGGCAGAAAGAGAGACGAGCAACUACGAUAUACCGAUACGCACGUGGUGGAGAGGGAAAGGGGCCUUUCCGUAAAGGCGGCGCCGAUGAGCUUAGUCUUACAAAGCACUAAGGGCAAGUCUCACUUAUUCAAUAUAAUAGAUACCCCAGGUCACGUUAACUUCGUCGACGAGGUUGCGGCGGCGUUGCGGCUGGUGGAUGGCGUUGCGCUGGUCGUGGAUGUAGUGGAAGGAGUACAGGUCAACACGGAGCAGAUCAUCAAGCAUGCCGUCCUCGAAGAUAUCCCGAUGACCUUGAUAAUCAACAAGGUCGAUAGGCUUAUACUAGAACUAAGGCUGCCGCCGAGCGAUGCUUAUUUCAAGCUAAAGCACGUUAUCGAGGAGGUAAAUACCGUCAUUGAAAAUACUCGGCCAGGUUCCGGAGAUCAGAAGCGGUUAAGUCCAGAGAAGGGGAAUGUGCUAUUCGCGUGUAGCGAGAUGGGCUGGUGCUUCACGCUGCAAUCCUUCUCAAAGAUGUACGCGGAUGGUUUCCCCGGUGUGAAUACCGAGGAAUUCGCUAAACGCCUCUGGGGCGAUAUCUACUUUAAUCCGAAGAAGAGAACCUUCAGCAGGAAACCUCUGCCCGGUGAGGAACGCGCAAAGAGAUCGUUUAUCCACUUCGUCUUAGAGCCUAUCUAUAAGGUUUUCUCCCAUACUAUCAGCCAGAGUCCCGAAGAACUGAAGGGUGUACUGGCGACGCUAGGCAUAGUACUGAAGCCGUCACAGUACAAGACGGACGCUAAGGUGCUGCUCAAGCUGGUCUGCGAGCAGUUCUUCGGCCCGUCGACCGGCUUCGUCGAUAUGAUUGUCAAGAAUGUUCCAUCUCCGUUAGAAGCAGCAGAACGCAAGUUGGAGCAGUAUUAUACCGGCCCCUUGGACACCAAGGUAGCCGAAUCUAUGAAGAAGUGCGAUCAAGAUGGCCCAUUGGUCGUACACAUCACAAAGUUGUUUAAUUCCUCAGAUGCGAAGAGCUUUUACUCGUUUGGUCGGGUGAUGAGUGGUAUUGCUCGACCUGGAAUGCAAGUGCGAGUGCUCGGAGAGGGUUAUUCUAUCGAUGAUGAGGAGGACAUGGCUACGGCUACUAUUUCCAACGUCUACAUCGCCGAGACGCGAUACAAUGUCGAAACCAGCGGAGUCCCCGCCGGUAACUGGGUGCUACUGAGCGGCGUUGAUAAUUCGAUCGUGAAGUCGGCGACAAUAGUACCGCCGAAACUCGAGGAUGACGAGGAAGCCUACAUCUUCAGACCGGUUACGCAUUUCACAGAAUCGGUUCUGAAGGUAGCAGUCGAGCCUAUCAACCCCUCGGAGCUCCCGAAGAUGCUUGACGGCUUACGAAAAAUUAACAAAAGCUACCCUCUAAUCACUACCAAGGUGGAAGAAUCGGGGGAGCACAUCAUUUUAGGUACUGGUGAACUGUAUAUGGACUGUGUCCUCCACGACCUACGACGGUUGUACGCAGAUAUGGAAAUCAAGGUUUCGGAUCCCGUCACGCGCUUCUGCGAGACAGUAGACGAGAUGUCAGCUACCAAAUGCUACGCCAUUACACCGAACAAGAAGAAUAAGAUUACUAUGGUCGCCGAGCCGCUCGACGAUGGAAUCGCGGAAGAUAUCGAGAGCGGCCGCGUCAAGAUGCAAGACGGUGCCCGAAAAGUGGGCAAGUUCUUCCAGGACAAGUACGGAUGGGAUCUGCUGGCCGCGAGGAGCAUUUGGGCAUUCGGCCCGGAUGAAAAGGGGCCUAAUAUCUUGCAGGACGACACACUCGAGGUGGAUAAGACGCUUCUCAGGAGCGUGCGCGAGACCAUUCGUCAAGGUUUCAGUUGGGCUACCAGAGAAGGCCCUCUAUGUGAAGAACCGAUCCGCAACACCAAGUUUCGUAUCAUGGACGUAUCCCUAGCACAGGAGGCAAUAUUCAGGGGCGGCGGUCAGAUCAUUCCAACCGCACGACGCACGUGCUAUAGCUCAUUCCUCAUGGCAUCGCCGCGCCUCAUGGAGCCUUUGUAUGCGUGCUCGAUGACAGGUCCCCAAGAUGCCGUCCCCGUGCUAUACAAUGUUCUAGCUCGCAGAAGAGGCCACGUACUAUCGGACGGUCCGAUCGCAGGUACACCACUAUACCGCGUCAGUGGUCUAAUUCCGGUGAUCGACUCGUUCGGCUUCGAGACGGACGUCCGCAUCCAGACGCAAGGCCAGGCCAUGGUGAGCCUCGUCUUCGACAAGUGGCAGAAGGUGCCCGGAGACCCGCUCGAUAAGGAGGUAGUGUUACGACCGCUACAACCCGCCGAUGCCCAGGCUACGGCUAGAGACUUCGUACUCAAGACCAGAAGACGCAAGGGUCUCAGCGAGGAUGUAAGCGUGGCGAAGUUCCUCGAGCCCGAGUUCUAUCAAAGUCUCAUGGAGAGCGGCACGCUUGGUAGUCCAUGAAAUAUAUAAGUUUUCAAAGGCGCCCCCUAGCACAGAAGAAAGAGCCUAGAUUCGACAAUACUAGCAACUAUAUUGUACAGUUAGCACACGGGUAGUUAGUUCAUCAGUAGCCUUCUAUAGGCCCAUAUUAACGGAUAGGUGCCCAGGGUAAGAAGCAGACAGAUCUGGGCCACAGCUCGCUGAUCUAGAAGGAUUCAGCUCCAAGGCUACCCCACAAAACAUCAACGUAGGUUAAUGGACAGAUACUAACUACCUACCUACCUAUGUAUCAUGUGUAAAGAGCACACAAGGCCAUCUAAGCUCUAUAGUAGUUUAAUAAACAGGGAGAAACUUACAAUAUCAACUAAAGUCUUUCCUAUCCUUGUUCCCACCAGAACAUUCCCGACCAGUGAUUCGCGCGGCAAGAACAGAAGGGCCGCAAAGCAAGAAGAGCCUCUAACCUGGCCUGUCACGAGUAACGCCGGAACCGCGCGACGUGAUUGGUUACCUGCUCGCCUAACCUAACCCUGAGGGUAGUGACCCAUGUCUAUGUGUUCUUGCUGGCUGGCUGGCUGUCCGGCCUCGCGUACCUUAGGUACGUAUACGAGGUACGGCCAGCAGGCGGCUAGUAACGGUAACAGUACUGGGCUGUCUGCCAACCGGAUUCUUGUUGCCCGCGGCACAUGUUUGAGAUAUAUAUGUGACCGGUAGUAUACCCCCACGUUUUGUAAGUGUGAGAUAAAUCCGGACUGAGGGAAUAAGCCAGCUAG